AUGAGUGAGAACAGCCACUUUCCAUGGUCUGACGCAGAUCGCUGCGAGCUGCAUUCCUCGGGCUCGCAGCCGGCUGCGCUGGCCUGGAGCGACAGGGACGAGCAGCUCAGCCAGGCUGCAGAGCCUGCCAGCGGGAGAGCCAGCCCCUGGGACGAUGCUCAGCCCUCCCGAGGAGCGGACUGGGAGCACAGGGGCCAGGGGGAUGAACGUCUGGAAGCGUCAACGGAGCCGAGCGAGAGGCAGGGUGUGCGGGGACUGGGGACGGGCACCGCCAGUGAGAGCAGCCGUGAGGACGGGCCGGCGCUGGUGAAUGGUGUGGACACAGAGCUGACUGCGGGGCGGGAGCAGACGUCACUGCUGCAGCGGGACAUCGGCGUGCCCAGCCAAAGCAGCGUGGAUUCGGGGGAGAGGGGCUCCCCCACCCAGGAGAUAACUAGCAAGGCCCUCAGCAGGGAGCGGUGGCACGACAUCCUGGGAUCCUCAGAAGCUCUAAGUGCUGACGAGCCAGAGGAACAGCUCGGGUUUGCUUCUGGAGAUGGCAAGCUGAGCUGCAGUGAGGAUGACAAGGAACAUUUUCAAUUCAAAGACAUCAGGGAUGGGUUCAGCUCAACUUUUGAGAAGAUCGUUGAGUCUGACCUUAUGAAGGGUACAUACUACAGCAGCUUGGACUCUUUGGAUGUCCUCUCUCUCACAGAUGAGACAGACAGCUGUGUCAGUUUUGAAGCCCCACUCACCCCAUUGAUCCAGCAAAGGGUCAAGGAAAGCCCAGAGCUCUUGGAGCAGAAAUUGACGGCCCAGCAGAGAGAAGCUCUUCACCACAUGGCUGCUGAAAAGCAAGAACAGGCAGCAGCAAAGCCAGUGGAGGGGGAUUUUGGGAGCCCUCUCAGGCACUCAAUUACCAGCAGCAGAUCAGAGAACGUGCUGAGCCGGUUGUCCUUGAAGAGUAUCCCAAAUGGGUUCCAUGUGGAAGGGUCAGAGGAAGAUGCCACCAAGAUCAUUAACUCCAUCAGUGAUGCCAGCUUGAAAGAUGCACUCUCAGACUCCGACUCUGACAUGGGCAGCACAGAGCAGCUUGACCAGGGCAGCACGGACACCUUGGCGAAUGGCUGCAGGGCGGAUAGCGAGGCUGCCAAGAGGCUGGCCAAGCGCCUCUACAACCUCGAAGGGUUCAAGCGCUGUGAUGUGGCACGCCAGCUCGGGAAAAAUAACGAAUUUAGCAAGUUGGUAGCAGAGGAGUAUCUCAGCUUCUUUGACUUCACUGGCCUGACCCUUGACAAAGCACUCAGGACGUUCUUGAAAGCGUUCCCACUGAUGGGAGAGACGCAGGAGCGGGAGCGAGUACUAAUCCACUUCUCCCGGCGAUACUGCCAGUGCAACCCAGAGGAGAGCACAUCCGAAGAUGGGAUUCAUACGCUCACCUGUGCCCUGAUGCUGCUAAACACGGACCUUCACGGCCAU